AUGCCUGCAAAGAGCGUGCACCAGAAUGGCCUGGCCACGACGAAUGGCAGCACAGUGCCCGUCUUACCCCAGGUGAAAGAAGCCAUCCUCCAGCGUGUCCCUGUACCCGAACCAAACUUACCUACAAGCAUAUUGCGUGUUGUUAUCCUGCUCGUUUACUUUUGGACAUCUUCGAUCAUCAUAGGAACCACCCAAUACAUCGGGACGCCGCUCUAUCUGAUCAACAAAGACUACUACUACCGCUUCAUGGCCUUCACCAAACAGUGCAUGACGCUCUUAGUCUUAUCCAUGACCCAGUGGUGGACUACGACCACAAUCCAUGUUAGUGGCGACGAGAGCGUGCAAGACCAGAUCCACAGGCUUCCGGGUGGCCACUUGCAAUGCAACUUCGCUUCCCGCAUGGUUCUCAUCUCAAAUCACCAGCUUUACAACGACUGGAUCUACCUCUGGUGGACCGCUUACAUCAAUCGCCCUGUCAACCACGGCCAUGUCUAUAUCGUCCUCAAAGAAUCUAUCAUGUACAUUCCCCUCGUAGGUCUCGGUCUGCGCCUGGCCGGGUUCGUAUUCAUGUCUCGAAAUAUGAAGACUGACACCCCACGCCUCACCCGGCGACUCGGCCAAUUGACGAGACGGAGCAACGGCGGUAAAGGAGCGUUGCAGCCAAUGUGGCUGAUGAUGUUUCCCGAAGGCACUAAUUUGAGUAAGAAUGGGAGGGCGAAGAGCGUCAAGUGGGCCGAGAGGCAGGGCGAGAGGGAUCUGAAGUACACGCUCAUUCCGAGGAGUACAGGGACAUAUUUUUGCCUGAAAGCGUUGAAUGGGACGUUAGAGUGGGUGUAUGACUGUACUUUGGCUUAUGAUGGCGUCCCAGAAGGGCAAUACGGCCAAGACAUCUUCACGCUACGGUCCACGUACUUUGAGCGACAUCCUCAAGCGCCUAUCCAUAUGCAUUGGCGACGUUUCAAGGUGUCCGAAAUUCCGCUGGAAACUCUCGAGGAUUUCCAUGCGUGGUUGAUAGAGCGGUGGAAUGAGAAGGAGACUCUAUUACAAGAGCAUGCGAAAACGGGUCAAUUUCCGUCCUCGAUCAAUCAAGGCAAGUCCAUCACCACCGAGGUAAAACUGGACCGAUGGUGGGAGAUCUGGCAGCUCGGCGCAGUGCUAGCACCAUUACUCGCUGGAGUCUUUGCCGUCUCGAGAAUUUUCGGCCAGGUAAGGUCUAGGUGA